CUCCCUCCCUCUCUCCCUCCCUCCCUCCCUCCCUUCCUCUCUCUCUCUCUCUCUCUCUCAUUCAAUUCACCUUUUCACUUACUACCACAUACUUUCUUUUUUUUUAUCCGUGCAUAUCAAUAAUGUAGUUUAUUACAGACCAACGCUUUCCAAAAGGUGACUCAAGGACUGCUCCUCUGAUUUGGAGGAAUGAGUCAUAAUCACUCAGUGUUCGUGAUUCCUCGAAAGUUUAAGGACAUUACUCGUGUGUAAGAACAAGUCCAACUGGUGGUGUUCGUCACAGGACAUGAAGUUAUGUGAAAAUGGUUCCCAGAAAGUCUAGGCUACUUUGCAUAAUAUCCAUGUGUCUUGUGGUUAUAAUUCUUGAUUACGAGUAUUACAGAGAUGCAGUCCUAGUGCUGUCGUACUUGAAGCGAGCGAACAAAAUGGCGGAUGAGCUGAAGGCCGUCGCCAGCAAGAGGACGGGCGAGGGCGAGGGCGCGGGCGACUCGGCGGCUGUCGACCUCGGCGGGCGUCUCUCCGUCGGGGAUCCUUCGCCCCAAAAGACCUCCUCUUGGCCCCGUCCCCUUCCCUCGAGCCCCCUGAGGAGAGGAGACGUGAGUCAGACCCCCAGGAAGCACCCCGAACUCCGCCAGUCCGUCCUGCUGCUGAGUUCCGUCGGCAGAAGCGGCUCCAGCUUCCUGGGCGAGGUCUUGGCGUCGCAGGAGAGGAACAUGUACUUCUACGAGCCCUUGCGGAUCCUUCGGCCGAGCCAGCGCGCCGACGGGGCUCUCGUGCAGGCGGAACUCCGGAGGUACUUCGGCUGCGAGAUUCCGUCCGCCUUCUUGGGCUCGGCGAAGGAGCCGUACAAGGCGGUGCGGCACGCGGUCACCAAGGGCAGGCGGGAGGUGUCCGUCGAGGAGGUCCGGCGGCGCUGCGGGAGGGAGCCGAUGAGGAUUGUCAAGACGAUCCGCACGCGCCUGGAGUGGACGCAGGAGCUCCUCGACGACGAGGAACUCAACCUGAAGGUGAUCCACCUGGUGCGCGAUCCCCGGGGCAGCACCGUCUCCAUGGCCGCCGUCGACUGGAACACCGGCGUCGAGGGCGCCUGCUCAGCGGUCUUGCGGGAUCUUCAGCUGAGAGAGGAAAUGCAGAGAAAAUAUCCCGACAAAUAUUUCUUCGUAAAGUACGAGGAGUAUUGCCUCGACCCCUACAGGAAGACGCGAGAGAUCCUCCGGUUCCUGCGCGGCGGCGGGGACCAAGGACGAGACCAGAAGCGGGACCAGAGAGGAUACCUGGGAGGAGACCAGAAGCGGGACCAGAGAGGAUACCUGGGAGGAGACCAGGGAAGGGACCAGGAAAGAGACCGACGUAGGGACGAGGGAGAGGACCAGGAAGGGCCGCUGAGGGGGUACCAGAAGGAGGACCAGAAAGAGGGCGAAGGGGGAGACCCGCGAGGAGGCCAGUCAAGGGAUUCCUCGCAGACCCUCGAAGCUGAGCCUCGACCGUCUUCCGCCUCAGAGGACCUUCCUGCCGAAGUGCUCCUGUACCUCGACUCCCACGUCCACCUCGCCCCUGCCGCCCGAAAGACCCCCUGGACGACCGCGCGCGACACCUCGGCCGUGCACCAGCAAUGGCGCCGGAGGAUCACGCAGGCGAAGCUGACGAAGGCGGAAGACGCGUGCAGGGACGUCCUCCUCCGCCUCAACUACAGGUUCUUCGGCAGCGUCGACGUCGCCAGGAACAUGUCCUUGUCUGUGUUCGAUUAUCCCUGAUCGUCAGCAUGGUCGUAGGAGCCGGCAUUUAUAUACAUGCAUAUGUAUAUAUGUAUAUAUAUAUAUAUAUAUAUAUAUAUAUAUAUAUAUAUAUGUGUGUGUGUGUGUGUAUGUAUGUAUGUAUGAUGUCUGUCUGUAUGUAUGUAUGUACAUUUGCAUGUAUAUAGGCAUGUAUAUAUGUCUGUAUUUAUUUCCAUAAAUGACGAUAAUAACGAUGUUCGUAGAUAUAAAUAGUUUACGAUAAGGCUAAGGAUAAGUCCGAUAUGCGAAGCUGAGCUUUGCCCGAGCUCUGAGGGGAGCCCGGCCUGUGUCGACUACUGCCGACUCGCUAAGUGUGUCAUCUGGUGCUGACUCGGCUUAGUCCUUACCCGCCGUGGUGCCCAGCCACAGCAGUAACCUCCAGGCGACAAUUGCAACUUCUAGCCCUUCGGAUGAGAGGCCGGCACGUUACCACUGUACUAACUUUUUUUUGCACGUGUGGAAAAUGUUUUUUGUGUUUUUUAGCAGUUUGGGUCAAAGCUUACGUAAAAAAAGAAAAGAAAAAGAGAUUUUUGUAAAUUAUGAAUCAAUAUGUAAAUGCAUUCAUUAACAUGAUCAAUAAUU